AUGUUGGCCAUGCGAAGAAAACUGGUUGCCCCGCUUUGGCAGUCGGCUUUGAACAGAAGAGGCAACGCAACAGCGGCAACCCCAAGAUUACCUCUCGCUGGAAUCAGAGUGUUGGACAUAUCUCGAGUUCUUGCUGGUCCAUAUUGCGCGCAGAUUCUCGGCGAUCUGGGAGCCGAGGUCAUCAAGAUCGAACAUCCGACACGCGGUGAUGACACGAGAGCAUGGGGACCUCCCUUUGCACCUUAUAAGGACGGGCGAGGAGGCGAGGGCGAAAGUGCAUAUUAUUUAUCGGUGAAUCGGAACAAACGAUCCGUAGCAGUUUCUUUCAAGGAAAAAGAAGGGGCAAAACUGAUCCAAACACUCGCUGCCAAAGCCGAUGUCAUCGUCGAGAACUACCUGCCUGGAACUCUGAAGAAAUACGGACUUGAUUACGAUACCCUUGCCAAGACGAACCCUCGACUUAUAUACGCGAGUAUAACUGGGUACGGUCAGACAGGUCCAUACAGUAGUCGUGCAGGUUUUGAUGUCAUGGUCGAAGCUGAAAUGGGUCUGAUGCACAUCACGGGCCCACGAGAUGGACCGCCGGUCAAAGUCGGCGUCGCAGUAACUGACUUGACAACUGGACUAUAUGCGGUCAAUAGUAUUCUUGCAGCUGUGAUCGAGAGGAGUCACUCUGGUCAAGGUCAGGCUUUAGAUGUAUGCUUGAGUGAUUGUCAAGUUGCGACUCUGGCGAACAUGGCGCAAUCUGUGCUGGUGACAGGGAAGAGAGAUGGAGGACGAUAUGGAACAUCACAUCCAUCCGUCGUACCAUACCGCGCAUUCCGCACUAAAGACGGCGAUAUCUUGAUUGGCGGUGCCAACGAUAGACUCUUUGGUGUCUUGUGCAAAUGUCUGGGUCAAGACGAUUGGGCCACUGACGAGCGCUUCUCGACAAACUCAUCAAGGGUAGCCAACCGUGAUAUACUCGAGAGGAUGAUUGAAGGCAUUACAAUUUCCAAGCUAUCGAAAGAAUGGCUCGAUAUCUUUGAGGGUACGGGUCUCGCGUAUGCCAAGAUCAAUGAUAUCAAGGACACGUUGGAGCAUUCACAUGUUGUGGCGAGGGACAUGAUAAAAGAGAUUCAGCAUCCUGCUUGUGGCCAGUUGAAAGUACUCAACAGCCCCGUCAAAUACUCCAGAACGCAGCCUUCGAUCCGAUCACCGCCACCACUACUGGGAGAACAUACCAAUGAAGUGCUGAGAGAUGUACUAGGUUUGAAUACAGCCGAGAUUGAGCGACUGAGAGAGAAGAAGGCCGUCGGUGGAUAA